AGCCUUACUUUUAACACUUAAUCUCUACAUUCUUCUCUCUAUAAUCUCCUAUUCUUCUUCAUUUAGCCUUUCCAAAUCUUCUCUCCUCUCCUCCAUUUUUGGACGGAACGUUAUUCACAUUCCCAUUUCUCUGAAUCACCUCCUAUAUAUAUAACACCCUACCCUCAUUAGUUUUUACACUAUGGCUUCAUCAUCAUGUUCUUUAUCAUCUCUAAUGAUAUUGCUAGUGGUUGCUACAUUUGUUUCCCCAAUUUGUUCAACGUCAAGGCGAACGCUUAUUGAUCCCAAGGCGAUGCAAAUCGGGUUCAGAGUCGAUCUCAAGCACGUUGAUUCGGGUGGAAACUACACUAAAUUCGAGCGUCUGCAACGCGCCAUGAAGCGCGGGAAGUUUAGGUUGCAGAGGCUGAAUGAAAUGGUGGCGAAAACAGAUUCGGAAGUAAACUCCCAGGUUUACCCCGGAAACGGGGAGUUUUUAAUGAAGUUAUCCAUUGGCACCCCACCUGAGUCCUACUCUGCUAUAAUGGACACGGGCAGUGAUCUUAUAUGGACGCAAUGCAAGCCUUGUCAGCAGUGUUUCGAUCAGCCCACGCCUGUCUUUGAUCCGACCAAAUCUUCUUCUUUUUCACAGCUGCCUUGCUCGAGCAGCCUUUGCUCGGCUCUACCGUUGUCAAAUUGUGGGACUGACGGCUGCGAGUAUCUGUACACGUAUGGCGAUUAUUCCUCGACACAAGGUGCCAUGGCGACCGAGACCUUUACUUUUGGUGAGGUCUUGGUGCCUAACAUUGGGUUUGGUUGUGGCGAAGACAAUGAAGGAAGUGGGUUCAGCCAAGGGGCCGGGCUAGUUGGGCUCGGCCGUGGACCCCUUUCCCUUGUUUCCCAGCUCGGCGAGCCCAAAUUUUCAUAUUGCCUAACCUCCAUUGAUGACUCAUCCAAAACCAGCACUCUUUUAAUGGGAUCACUCGCAAGUGUGAACAGCACAGGUGGUAAAAAUUCAAUCACAACUACCCCUUUGAUUCAAAACCCAUCACAACCAUCUUUUUACUACCUUUCUCUCCAAGGAAUCGCAGUUGGUGGCACUGCCUUGCCCAUCAAGAAAUCCACUUUUGCACUCAACCAAGAUGGGAGUGGUGGGCUAAUCAUUGAUUCAGGUACAACCAUCACAUAUUUGGAACAAAGUGCUUUUGAUCUUGUGAAAAAAGAGUUCAUUUCUCAAACCAAGCUCUCUGUCGAUAAAUCGGGCUCAACCGGACUUGAUCUUUGCUUUACGUUGCCAUCGGAUGCCUCCACGGUUGAGGUGCCCAAAUUGGUGUUCCAUUUUGAUGGGGCGGAUAUGGAUUUGCCAGCCGAAAACUACAUGAUUGCGGAUUCAGGUAUGGGGUUGAUGUGCUUGGCAAUGGGCGGAUCAAGUGGUAUGUCUAUAUUUGGAAAUGUACAACAGCAGAACAUGAUGGUUGUACAUGACCUAGCUAAGGAAACCCUGUCAUUUAUACCCACUCAGUGCAAUCAGUUGUGAGUGCUCUGUUAGGUUAUUAUACAUAUCUUGUUCAUUUGAUCGAUCUGUAUUGUGUGUUGUGUCGUGGUUUUUGAUUUUUAAUGAAUUUGUUUUGAUUUUCUUUUUUCAAAACAAUUUGCAUCAAUAAACCCUCCUUUAUCAUGUUCACAAGUACUUGCUUCUAACAA